AUGGCGUUUAUUAAAGAGGAGAGUGAAGACAGGAAGAUUGAAGACGUGAAGAUUGAAGAAGUAUUCAGAGUGAAACAGGAAGAUACUGAGGAACAAACAGACCUCAUGCCGCUGAAAGAGGAGCGCAUAGUACCGAAUGAAACGGAAGAGAAAGUACAAUAUGAGACUCAUCAUGAUUUUAUAACCGGAGAAGAAUCUUUCAGUUGGCCACAGAUUAAAGAGACUUUCUCACAGAAAACAGCUCAUGAAACAGGAACUACAAGUAAUUUCACCCCUUUUCACUGUGAAAAGAGUUUCAAUGAACAUGGAAACCUUAAAGGCCACAUGAGAAUUCACACUGGAGGGAAGUCUUUCACCUGCCAACAGUGUGGAAAAAGUUUCAAUAGAAAAGGAGUCCUUACCAGGCACAUGAGAGUUCACACUGGAGACAAGCCUCACACCUGCCCUCAGUGUGGAAAGAGUUUCGAUCAACAUGGAAACCUUAAAGUGCACAUGAGAGUUCACACUGGAGAGAAGCCUUACACCUGUCCUGAGUGUGGAAAGAGUUUUGAUCAACAUGGAAACCUUAAAGUGCAUUUAAGAAUUCACACCGGAGAGAAACCAUAUUCCUGUCUUCAAUGUGGAAAGAGUUUUACUCAAAAAGUAAACCUUAAAGUCCACAUGAGAAUUCACCCUGGAGAGAGUUGUUUUAUCUGCCAAAAGUGUGGAAUAAGCUUCAUUAAAAAAGGAUUUCUUAAUAGACACAUGAGAAUUCACACUGAAGAAAAGUGGUACGUGUGCCAUCAGUGUGGAAAAGGUUUCAAUCAAAAAGGAGACCUUAACUGGCACAUGAGAGUUCACACUGGAGACAAGCCUUACACCUGCCCUGAGUGUGGAAAGAGUUUCGCUCAAUAUGGCUACCUUAAAGUGCACAUGAGAGUUCACACUGGAGAGAAGCCUUACACCUGCAAACAGUGUGGAGUCAGUUUCACUCAUGAAGGAAGCCUUUACAGGCACAUGAAAAUUCACACUGGAAGGAAGUCUUUCACCUGCCAACAAUGUGGAAAAAUAUUUAAUAGAAAAGCAAAUCUUAAUUACCACAUGAGAAUUCACACUGGAGAGAAACCAUACUCCUGUCUUCAGUGUGGAAAGAGUUUUACUCAAAAAGUAACCCUUAAAGUCCACAUGAGAGUUCACACUAGAGAGAGUACUUUUAUCUGCCAACAGUGUGGAAGAAGCUUCAUUCAUAAAGGAUUCCUUAACAGGCACAUGAGAAUUCACACUAGAGAAAAGUGUUACGUGUGCCAUCAGUGUGGAAAAAGUUUCAACCGAAAAGAAAAUCUUAACAGGCACAUGAGAAUUCACACAAGAGAAAAAUCUUAUACAUGCCCUCAGUGUGGAAAGAGUUUCGAUCUACAUGAAAGGUUUGAAGCCCACAUGAGAGUUCACACUGGAGAGAAGCCUUACAUCUGCCAACAGUGUGGAAAAAGCUUUACUCGAAAAUCACACCGUAACUGUCACAUGAGAAAGUUUCACGGCAUAUUUUCAACACAAUCUUGAUCAACACACAAGGAUUCGUUUGAGAGAACUGUUUUAUGUCAUCAGUGUGGAAGGAGUUUCUCAAACAGGAAUCAUGUAAUAAUGUUAUGAUGUGUAGGAAGCUCAGAAGUGAAGACCAUGAGACUCUGGUGUAUAUUCAGCAGGAUUCUAUAUUGAGAAGGUGCUGUGUGGC